AUGCCCCCGGGCUUGCUGGCCAGCCAGCAUCCGGGCUGCUAUACACCCAAAUCAAGUGGAAUGGGCGCAAUUCUCCAUAACCAGGCCGGCGAUCUGCACUCCCCGAGUCUUUACUUGACAGCGAAUCCCUCAUCUCGUAUACAUGCUGUCCCAAAUACUCAGCCAGGCCGUAACCAAUUCGGCAUGCAGUACACAGCACCCCACGACGUUCAGACUAUUCCGGGUGUCCAACAACCAACAUAUGCGCCAACCGAAUUCACAUAUCAGAACUGGGAUCACGGAAUACUGGACAAAUUUGAGACGUACCCAACAUUUGAUAACCUCUCUAUUGAUUCGGCACUAGCGGCACUAGAUCCCACCAUAAAUCUAGCCGCGCCGACCGAGGAUUCACCCCCCGAGGCCAUUCCUAAUGAAUUGCCACAUUCCCAAGGGGAAAGGCUCCGUUACCAUGUAGCUCUACGAACCCGGACCUCCAUGGUUAAGUCUCGUGAUGAAGAUCCCAUAUCAUAUCUGAACAAGGGACAGGUCUAUGGUCUUAUGGUUAUGGAUUUAAAUCCGCCUGCAAUGACCCCUGAAGUGCUCCGAUAUCGAACCUUUGUCCGCGUUUCUUUCGAUGACGAGGAGCAACGAUCGAAUCCCGCAUUAUGCUGGAAACUGUGGAAAGAGAGCCGCGGCACAACUGAGGCACAGCAACGCGGUAGCGACCUCUUGGCAAUUGAAUUUGCUGCCGAAGAUAAGGAUCAACGCCAUAUGCAGCUUGAACAAGUGUGCAUUGACGGAUUUUGUGUUACCUGGACUGCUGAACGAGGCGAAAGCACCAAACGCUGCCAGAUACCCUUACGAUUCAAUUUCCUGUCCACCGAUUUCAGUCAUUCAAAAGGAGUAAAGGGUGUUCCGAUCCGACUUUGCGCGAAGACCGAGCUUCUGUCACUGGAAAGUGUCGAUGAGCCGUGUGAAUCAGAGAUGUGUUACUGCAAGGUCAAACUGUUCCGGGAUCAUGGCGCAGAGCGUAAAAUUAACAAUGACAUUCAACAUGUCCAAAAGUCGAUUGCAAGGCUAGAGCAGCAAAUCAAAGAUGUUCCGCUGGGAGGUAGAUGUAACAAACGUCGGCGGGCAAACAAUACUUCGACGGAUAUGAAAGACUCGGAUGGAUUGGACCAUGGGCGUAUUGGGUCGAGCUUUGGAGAGUGUUCGAUUGAGGACGACCUGCGGAGGAAACUGGCUGUUAGCCAGAGCAUGCUAUCGUCAAUUCGUACAAUCAGCGUUCUGGCUCUUCGUGGUGAGAAAGGGGAUGACCCUGACAAGUACCCUAUUCACUUGACAAAGAACCAAAAAUCAGCGGAGGACGUGAGAGGUACAAGUAUUGAAGGCCAAAGCCUUGACCUGCCAUCUCAGCUAACAGCUAAGCAGCCGUCGAAACCAACUGCCUGCUUCUUUAUUCGAGCCAACAACGAACCAAACGACGUCUUCCGUGCGAUCUACUUACCGGAACGCACGGCCGAAGAGUUGAAGAAGAAGAUCUGCGAGAAGUAUCAUAUUGACCAGUCAAAGAUUGAGCACUUACUGCGCAUCGUCAACGAUGAUUUGAAGAUUAUAAUCGACGACGACCUUGUUGGUCAGCUUCCAGUGGGGCAGACUAUGAUCGUCGAUAUUUGCGAGACCACCAGUGUUGUUGAUGGCGGUUCUUGUUUGAAGGAGAUUCGGUUGAAGUAUUGA